ACCAACUGAGCCCACCCAUGAGACCAUUCCUUGUCACUCGUCUCUUUCAACAGUUUUUAUGAAGAGAGUGAAUCAAGAUCAAGGACAUGAUGAAGGUCCAAGAACUGAAGAAGGUAAAGAGGGGUAGUGUUGAGUCCUCAGAAGAAGAGCUAGAGAGUGGAGAGGAGGAGGAAGGAGACAUCAUUUGCGAGCAUUUUUAUGGUGCAGAAGCUCCACCGGCAAUGCCAUCACCAGAUAAGGAGUUUGCCUGGGAUUUCUUUAACCCUUUUGAUGAGGUGAGGACAGGGAUAGUGAGCAGCUUCAAUGACAGUUCUCAGGAGGAAUUGAGAGCGGUGAGAGAGAAAGAGGGAAUCCCAGACCUGGAAGAAGAUGGUGUGAGAGAUAUGAGUGAGAGAAAGGCUGAGAAUGUAACAAAUGCUGAUGAUGGUGUUGAGGAAAGUAAAAAUAAGAAUACAGAUUUGAGUAUUAAUGGGGAUGACCAUGAUGCUAAUAUAAGCCAAGGUGAAAAGAAUAGUUUCAGAAUUAUUAAGACACCUACAGCUACUAAUGAGAGAGAGUUGUUGGAAGAUCUAAAGGAUGUUGAGGACCAUUUUCUUAGAGCUUAUGAAUCUGGUUUGGAUGUCUGUAGAGUGUUAGAGGCCAACAGAGUUCAGCUGCAAUCUGGUUUGGAGGAAUUAAAAGAGAGCUCGAAUAAACUUAUCCGGUCAAUUACUUGGAGCCGGUAUCCGUUAUCACAUUCUUCAUACUGCAAAAGUCUUGUUUCAUGCAGUUCCAGAAGUUCUUCUACUUGGACUGAAUUAAAGAUUGAUAUGUAUGAUGAUUAUGGGGGGAUGGAAUCUGGAAGCCACUCAUUGAUCCUAGGAAGGUUGUAUGCUUGGGAAAAGAAACUCUAUGAGAAAGUGAAGGUGCUUAAACACAAUUCUAUUAUUGAUCCGAAAACCGGAACUGUUUCUUAA